AUAAUCACACAACCACAACCACAGUGUCACAUGUCAGCCAGGAAAGUCCCUCGCUUGUCUCUGUUGUGUGUGUGUGUCUUUGUGUGUGUGGAAAUCCCCAACCCUGGGCUUUUCUUCUUUUACUUCAAAUAUUCCACGUUAGUAGUAAAACAGGGAAGGGGGUGAAGAAGGGAGGAAGCCACCGCCGCCGCCGCCGAGGGAGGAAAGCCCGUCCUCCAAAGCCUUCCCGCCCCGAGGGCCGGUUACGACAGCACUACUAUAGCCCCGCUCACACGACACGCAAGGGCGACACGCGUCUUCCGUGGAGCCAGGGUUAGGGCUAGCAUGACUCCCCAGAGAGGCAUCCAUUGAGGAGGAUCUGUUGGCGUCUUUCUGUAUUUAUUUCCCCCCUGCCUCGCUUUCCAAGCUGAACACACGAGAUUCCAUUGAAGGGCACCGUGGAAAUUAAAGUGGAACCAUAGUGCAAUAUAUAGUGUGAAUAAACCCUUGGACAGAAGUCACAUUCCAUCUGGGAAAUCUAUAAUAUCUCUGGGAUCUGGCUAUAUGGUUUCUUCUGAAAAAAUGGCUGGUUCACAAGUUAUUCCUCAAGCUUUAUAUUUGAGCAACAUGUUGAAGGCUGUGAAGAUAAGGGAGAGAAUGCCUGAAGACCUCGUCAAGUGUACCAAUGGGAUAAUCCAUCAUUUCAAGACAAUGCAUAGAUAUACCAUAGAGAUGUUUAGAAUGUGUCAGUUUUGUCCACAGUUCCAAGGGCUUCUUCAAAAAGCUCUUAUUGAUCAAACAACCCAGACCUCCCUAGAACGUCAGCGGAAGCUGAACUGGUGUCGAGAAGUUAAAAAACUUAUGCCAUUGAAGACAAAUGGUGAUGGAAAUUGCCUCAUGCAUGCUGCAUCCCAGUACAUGUGGGGUGUCCAAGAUGUUGACCUGCUCCUGAGAAAAGCACUAUUUAGUGUUCUCAAGGAAGUUGAUACACGAAACUUUAAACUGCGUUGGCAACGGGAGACUCUAAAAUCACAGGAAUUUGUGGCAACAGGCCUCUGCUAUGAUACAAGGAACUGGGAGGAUGAAUGGGAGAAUCUCAUCAAGAUGGCAUCAGCAGAAACUUCAGUUGCCCAACAGGGCCUCCAGUAUAAGUCUUUGGAAGAAAUACACAUAUUUGUCCUUGUUAACAUCUUAAGACGGCCAAUCAUCGUUGUGGCAGAUAAGAUGCUUCGAAGCCUUCAGUCAGGUUCAAGCUUUUCUCCUCUGAACAUUGGUGGGAUUUACUUGCCUCUCCAUUGGCCAGCGGAAGAGUGUUACCGUUAUCCCAUCGUCCUGGCCUAUGACAGCAUGCACUUCACACCACUGAUUGUUCUGAAGGACAGUGGCCCAGAGAUUCGGGCGGUCCCAUUGGUCACUUGUGAAAAGGGCAAGUUUGAAGACUUGAAAGUGCACUUUCUCACAGACUCUGAAGAAAGGGAAAAAGAGAAGCUGCUGAGAGACUAUCUGAUGAUGAUAGAAAUUCCUGUGCAAGGCUGGAACCCUGGAACAACACAUAUAAUUAACACAGCAAAGUUGGAUGAUGGCAACUUGCCUAAAGAGAUUAAUCUAGUGGAAGAUUAUUUUCAGCUGGUGCAGCAUGAGUACAAGAGGUGGCAAGAGAACACUGAAGCUACUGGAAGGGAAGCAGGCACAAGGGACCGGCUUCAAUUGCACCUGUCUCAGCUGUCCCUCGUAGAGGCAAAAUGCGAAACUCCCCAUUGCCCUUUCUAUAUGUCCGUUAGCACCCAGCCCUACUGCCACGAGUGUUUUGAACGGAAACAGCAGGGGAGUAAUACAAAGGGGCAGAAUUUGAGGAUAGGGGGUGAGAAACCCUGGGCAAAUAGAUCUGGUUCACCAAAGGGUGAAUGUCGUGAGCUUGCUGCACAGACAUGUGAAAAUCCUGAGACAGGCCCUCGCUCUGCACCCCCGACAGCCCCAAGUCUUUUUCUGUACAGUGAAACCACUGCCAUGAAGUGUAGGACUCCAGGCUGCCCUUUCACCCUGAAUGUGCAAUAUAAUGGGCUCUGUGAACGCUGCUAUAACUCGACAGAGCUGAAUCCUUGCAAAAGCCCAGAUGACACGAGGCAUUUGGACUGUGUGACCUGUACUUUCUGCCUCAAGGACACCAAUAGGACUUUCAAUGGCAUGUGCAGCACUUGUUUCAAAAGGACUACAGACCGGUUGUUGAAUACCAGCCCGAGUGCCACGUUGCCAGGCCAUCAGAGGUCCACGUCUGAUCCUACCCAUCUCUCACAAAGCUUUUUGCCAAGUUCACACCACACUGUUACCAGUAGCAGUGUGAUCGAGCCACUGCCACAUGCUCAGUCCCAAAGAGCAGAAAAGAGGAGGGGGAGUAGUAAAUGCAGAAAGCCUGGAUGCAGCUUUUUUGGAACUCCUCAGAAUGAAGGCUUUUGCACACUGUGUUAUUUUGAGUACCGGGAAAAUAAAGAUGCCUCACUGCUUCAUCACAGAAGGUCUCCUGCCUUGGGGCACUCUGGAACCUCUGCUGCCGUAUACCAGAACACUGUUUCCUGCCUGGGUCGAGAGUGUGACACUAUAGGAAGCACAAUGCUUGAGGGAUACUGCCAGAAAUGUUUUAUUGAAGCACAGAGCAAGCGGCUCCGGGAAGCCAGAAGGACAGAAGACCAACUAGUGAGACAGUCAGAACGAAUAGGACAACACAGAGAGUUACACCAGACGACCUCAAGCUCCCAGAAGGGCAGGUGUGCCACAGCUUCUUGUAGGAACCAUUUAACCACUAGGAGUGAGGAACUGUGCCAGCAUUGCCUGCGAGCCAACCAGCGGGCACAGUCUGGGGCACCUCGGGGAGACCAUUCCACAGACGAACUCCCUAAACAGCGCUGCCGAGCUCCCGCCUGUGAUCACUAUGGCAACAGCAAAUGCCACGGGUACUGCAAUGAGUGCUACCAGUUCAAACAGAUCUAUGGAUAGUAAGAAGGAAUAAACACAAUGGCUCUUGUCUUUCUAAAGGAAUCAACAACAAAAAGAAGAGGAAAUGGUGCUAUGUCCAAAACCCUUAAUUGUCCUGCUGUCACCUGGCUUUCUUCACUGCCUGUGGAAGGAAUGUGUGAUUUGCCAGACAAAAUAAUAAGCUGAAUAAGCUAAGUAGACGGAUGUAAACACACACAGAGAUGAAUGUGUUUGGGGACGCAUGGAUACCCAUUUGUGACACAGAGGAGAACACAUAGUCCAGACUUAUAUAUACCAGGACAGAAAAGCAGUUUGUUUUCAGUGCAGAUGACUAUGACAGGAUGUUUAUGUGGAACACUUGACAACAGAUAUUUGUUGACCAGAGCUGUUUGGAUUCUGUUCUAUGCUCAAUGUACUUACUGUCAUAGGAGAUAUGUAGAGCCUGGGCCGUUUUGGACAGUACCUCUCAUUCACCCUGCCUGAAUGCCAAAUUACAGGGAAACCUAAAGGUUUGAGAUGAAGAGCUUUUCUAUGACAGCUGCCACACGGCUUGGGGCUGAUUGACUCUUCAAAACACUGAUCUCUGGGUGAGAAGAGAUUUGAUGGAGGUCAAAGAUGGAACGAGAACAUUAGCAAGUUGCGGGUUUUAAUUUUCUCCCCUCCCCCACCCCCACCCCGCUUUUUAAUUUUUUUUUGUCUUUACCUUUUCUAAACCAGAGCUUUAUGUGCAUACAACAAGAGUUAUAAUCAACUACAGCUUUGUCCACCAGUGCUGGUCAGUCUUUGCACAUUUGAUGUUUUGGUUGUGUCUGAGGGUAUAGCACAUAGACUGUAAUAAUUUAGAAAUAUGAAAGAAAUUGGGUCUGUCUCACUUAACUUCCAAGCAUCUGAAAAUGGAAGAGCAAUCAGAGUAGGUAGAGAAACUUAACUAAUAGAGAUUCUGUAUUUAAUUGCUUUAGAUACUAUUUAUAUCAUUGGUAUCAUAAAUCUUUCAUGGACAUCAUACAUGGCACAGAAGGGAAGCUUACAGAGAUCAGGGGUAUACAUUAGGGGUAGAGAGUCUUCUGGACAGGCAUCCUAAACAAGUCACUGUAUAUUUUAUGCUGUGAUUUGCCAAAGAAUGUACCAGGGGUCCUCCAAGCCGCUUUCUUCUCUUGUCUAGCAUUAUAGCUGAGCUACCCUGCUCUUUGUGGAAUUUAGAUUAUAAGCUUCUGCAUUUGCUGUUUGUGAUCACUUAGUGAGCUUCACAAGGCAGGCAGGAGCUGGUAAAGUGGAGUAGCUGGCAGCAGCUCUUCCACCUUCAUGAUAUUUGACUGCUGCUGCGAAUGGCUUGUGAGAGAAUCAGACCUAAUAUUGUAGGAAAGCUCGUACACAAACCCAUUUUCAUUGCGUUUGGAAGCUUCUUCCAGCUGAUGUUGAACUCUGCCCCCAUUAUCCCUCCUUACUAUUUGCCUGAUGCAAAUAAUGUAUCAAACAAAAUACUAGAAUGGUACUGGGAGUCUGAAUCAACAGUCUAAAUCAAUGGUUCUCAAACUGCCCUUUAAGAGAUUUUGGACUUCAGCUCCCAGAAUCCCAGACUAUUGCCCAACAUGGCUGAGACUUUUUGGAGCUGAAGUCUAAAAUCCCUUAAAGAGCACAGAUUUGGAGCAGUGGUCUAAAUCUCCUUUUCUAUCCCUGCCUGCUCAUGAAUCUCUUACUUCUCCUUUGACUGUUAUUUGUGGAAAAAGAACAAGCAUGUUUGUUCCUCUUUGUGUUUUUACACAACUUUAGGAAAAUAUCCAUCAUUAAUCCUCUCUUCUCCUUUGUCCAAAAGUUUCAGUGUCUGUCUCCUUUGAUGGUGAACUUCCUAUAUAUAAUUUUGUGAAUUAAUGUGAAGAUGUGUUAAAAUAUUUAUACUAUUUCAAAAGUGUAAUUUGAACUUUGCACAUUGUUAGUAUGAUAAUUUACAUCUUAUUUCAAUCCCUCACCCUGUCAAAAAUAUACCUCUGGGUAAAUGUGUAACUGAAGGUGGCAAGGAAAGAAUAAAUAAAUUAUUUGAAGA